CCAUUCUUACGGAGGAUUAGCACAUACUAUCACAGUGAAGCAGACGAGGAGGCAGAGGCAAACUCGAAAGAAAGAAGGGAAGGUCGAAAAAUGGCGAUAACACUCAACAGUGGAUUCAAGAUGCCAGUAGUGGGGCUGGGUGUUUGGCGCAUGGAAGGAAAAGAAAUCAGAGACCUCGUUUUCAAUGCCCUCAACCUUGGCUAUCGCCAUUUCGAUUGCGCUGCUGAUUACAAGAAUGAACCAGAAGUUGGGGAGGCACUUGCAGAAGCACUUUCGACUGGGCUUGUUAAGCGAGAGGAUCUCUUCAUCACCACCAAGCUUUGGAAUUCAGAUCAUGGGCAUGUGGUAGAGGCCUGUAAAGAUAGUCUGAAGAAACUUCGGUUGGAUUAUCUAGAUCUGUACCUUGUUCACUUUCCUGUUGCCACCAAGCAUACCGGAGUUGGUACGACUGGCAGUGCUUUGGAUGAGGAUGGGGUGCUAGAAAUAGACACAACUGUAUCUUUGGAAACUACCUGGCAUGCUAUGGAAGAGCUGGUCUCUAUGGGUUUAGUUCGUAGCAUUGGAAUUAGUAACUAUGAUAUCUUUCUAACGAGAGAUUGCUUAGUUUAUUCCAAAGUGAAGCCGGCCGUGAAUCAGAUUGAGACUCACCCAUACUUCCAGCGUGAAUCUCUUGUCAAAUUCUGUCAGAAGCAUGGCAUCUGUGUCACUGCCCACACUCCUCUUGGAGGUGCUGCCGCCAACGUCGAAUUGUUUGGUUCAGUUUCAUGUCUGGAUGAUCCAGUUAUCAAGAAUCUGGCUGAGAAAUACAAAAGGACUGUCGCCCAAGUUGUUCUAAGGUGGGGCAUCCAACGCAACACAGUUGUCAUCCCAAAGACAUCAAAACUUGAGAGAAUGAAAGAGAAUAUCCAAGUUUUCGACUUUGAGCUUACAAAAGAGGACAUGGACCUGAUUGGGAAGGUAGACAGGAAACACCGGACAAAUCAACCUGCCAAGUUUUGGGGCGUUGAUCUGUAUGCAUAGAUUUGUCGGUAACUCCAUCCGUGAGAGCAAAUGCCUUGUGUUGGCAAAGAAUAACAGAGUACUGGAGUCUGGAGCCAUGUUUCUUUCUCCGAGUUGUAAACUUCAAGCUGGAUCGUUCUUGAAGGUUCAGUAGAUGAGUUAGAUAAAACUCCACAAACUCCAUUUAUCUAUCGAAUGAACCUACUCUUUAUAAUGUCAUUGUUUUCCCUUGCGUGUC